GUAAACCAAGAAGAUGGAGUGGAGGAGGGAACCAGCGACGUGCAGAAUGGCCAUUUGGAUCCGAGUGCCGACUGCCUCUGUCUUGGCAGGACCGUGCAGAACCGAGACCAGAUGAGAGCCAAUGUCAUCAACGAAAUCAUGAGCACGGAGCGCCACUACAUCAAGCACCUCAAGGACAUUUGUGAGGGUUACUUAAAGCAGUGCCGGAAGAGGAGGGAUAUGUUCAGUGAUGAACAGCUAAAAAUCAUCUUUGGUAACAUCGAAGAUAUCUACAGAUUUCAGAUGGGAUUUGUCCGGGACCUGGAGAAACAGUACAACAACGAGGACCCCCAUCUCAGUGAAAUUGGACCAUGUUUCCUUGAACACCAAGAUGGGUUCUGGAUCUAUUCGGAGUACUGUAACAACCAUCUGGACGCGUGCAUGGAGCUUUCCAAGCUGAUGAAGGAUAGCAGGUACCAGCAUUUCUUCGAAGCGUGUCGUCUGUUGCAGCAGAUGAUCGAUAUUGCCAUAGACGGUUUCCUUCUAACGCCGGUGCAGAAGAUCUGCAAAUACCCCCUGCAGCUGGCGGAGCUGCUGAAGUACACCGCCCAGGAUCACAGUGACUACAGGUAUGUGGCUGCUGCUCUCGCCGUCAUGAGGAACGUGACUCUACAGAUCAACGAGCGGAAGCGGCGGUUGGAGAACAUUGACAAGAUAGCUCAGUGGCAGGCCUCCGUUCUGGACUGGGAG